UUAUUUGCUGAUAUUUUUUUUACAGUGUGUAAAAUGUGUGAUUGGAUUCAUCGUCGCUAUUUACGCGUCAGGAUCCAGGGAAUCGCCGUGUUUGUGAAGAAACUUUGAACUACGGUUCUCCAUAUUCCCGUUAUGCAUCCCGGCUGUGAAUCCGCUUGUUCCCACGGUGAUGCCGUGGGAUCCGUUCGACAAACUAUGGAUGAGCUACAUUUCGAAAGAGGUCUAUGGACAGCUGAUCCAUUUCUUCCGUCUUUAGCGAUCGAUAAUGAUGUGGAUCGCAUUGUCAAGUUGCUGAAGAAAGGCGAUGAUGUGGACGCCAGGGAUCAAAGUGGACACACGAGUCUCCACCACGCAUCUCUUCGAGGGAACCUGGCGGCUGUCAAAGAGUUGCUCGCGAAUGGUGCUGACGUGAAUGCCAAAACCAGUGCACUGGGUGCGACUUCCUUGCAUCGGGCAGCAGGUUCCGGUCACUUUGCCAUCGUGGAAACUCUGCUCAAAGCCAGUGCAAUUCCAAACGCGAAAGAUUGCACAGGCAGAACUCCGAUGGACGCUGCUCUCGCCGGCAAUCACGCUGAUGAUUCUUGUGACGGAGCUCCACGAAAACUGAAUUUAAGGUGGGGCAAUGAUUAUUACUCCCACGUUAAACUCCUCGAUUACCUCCAAUGUCUUUACUCUGCGGAUUGCGAUGCUUCCGCUUACACGGAAGUCGCGCGACGAAUUCUUCGAGUUCGAUACGAAUGUUCGAGGGCGACAUCUGGUGGUGGAAGCCCUGAUGGUCCCGAGAAGCGCAAGGAGGAAGCAAAACUGUCCUCGUUUUCCAAAAUGAAGAAUUUGUAUCGUGAUUAUGGCUAUAUAAUCGUGCCGGUCCAUUUAACGUUGACCGGCACGUGGUUCACUAUUAUUUACUCCGCCUUAAAAGCUGGAGUGGAUCUUUCGGAUUACCUCGUCAUUUUGGGAUCAUCGGAGAAGAUCGCGAAACUGGGUCCUCUCGCAGGAACCAUUUUGUUUCUAAAGCUUCUCUCACCAUUGCGAUACCUGGCGACGAUAACCACGACCACUGUCGUCAUCAACGAGCUGAAGAAACGGGGCCUCAUCAAACCCACCCAUCAACUGAGGAAUGAAUAUUUUAGUGACAAGAAAGAGAAGAAAUAG